UUAUAUAAUUUAUUUUAAUUAAGUUAAUCUUAAAAAAAAUAUCUUUUAAUUUUUAACAUACCUUUUCUUGGAAGAAGUUCCACCAUCAACCUAUUCCAAUGCUAUUUUGUCAGCCCAACAAAUUCUACAUCAGACGACGUCGUUUUGUCCGAAACACUGUCUUUCAGUUGGUUCCCCCAAUUUUUUAUCAAACCGCCUCAAGAGUGAAAAACAAUGAUUCUUGUUCGUCCUUUUCCGAAUGCUAGAGCCUUGUCAAGCUGGCAUACAAUUCUCCAAAACACCCCAAAAUCACUCAGCAACCCUAGGGCUGAAUCAUUAGGGUUUUGAGAUUGACUGGAAUAGGAAACAACUUGCAAUUGUUUUCUGCAAGAACAUUUUAAUAAGAUAUUUAUGAUGGUGGGAUCGACUUCCUGUUCUGCAUUUUUCUUGAUCAGCCUUACAAUGCAAUUAGCAGGAGAACUUGCCCUAACCCUAAGUCAUCAAGUCCCAAUGUCCCAGUCCCAAGCACCAGCAGUCCGGCGCACCCACAGUCGCCAACAUGUUGCCUCAUCAGCUUGUCGCAUUGAUCCUCAUGGUCGAUUUGAUCAACAAAUUGAAGGUGUACGAGUCUACAUACACAUCAAUAAAAAUGAUUUCUCAUAUCGAGAACACAUAAAGCAGGAGGAGGAUGAUAUCACUAUUUGUGAAUGCAAGUACAACACCAAUGAUCCAGAUAGUGCAUGUGGAGAGAGGUGCUUGAAUGUAUUAACUAGCAUAGAGUGCACGCCUCACUAUUGUCCUUGCAGUGUGCAUUGCAAAAAUCAGAGAUUUCAGAAGCAUGAAUAUGCUAAGACAAAGUUGUUCAGGACUGAAGGCCGAGGGUGGGGUCUUCUUGCCAAUGAGGACAUUAAGGCAGGAAGAUUUAUUAUUGAGUACUGUGGGGAGGUAAUUUCAUGGAAUGAAGCAAGGGAAAGGUCCCUAGCUUAUGCAUCUCAAGGCAUCAACGAUGCGUAUAUAAUUUCUCUGAAUGCCAGGGAAUGCAUUGAUGCCACCAAAAGUGGAAGCCAGGCUAGAUUUAUAAACCAUUCAUGUGAACCAAAUUGUGAGACAAGGAAGUGGUCAGUUUUGGGGGAAGUUAGAAUUGGCAUAUUUGCAAUGAGAGAUAUAUCCAUUGGAACGGAACUGACUUAUGAUUAUAACUUUCAAUGGUAUGGUGGUGCCAAGGUUCAUUGUCUCUGUGGUGCCACCAGCUGCUGUGGUUUUCUUGGGGCGAAGUCUCGUGGAUUCCAGGAUACCGAUGUAUGGGAGGACAUUGAUGAAAGAUGCUCACUGGAAGAUAAACCUUCCUUAUCCAUGCGACCAGAGUCCAUGCCAAAGAAAAGGUCAAAAAAUAAUCAUAAUGGACGAUCAAGACCUCUCAACAGAGAGCAAGUUGAUGCUAAAUUUGUUGCCCAAUUCUUAGCAUCAAAGGAAGCUCAAGAGGAGAUCCUAAAAUAUGAGGAACAAAGGGAGGAGGCCUCAUCCCAUCUCCACUUGUUAUACAAGGAUGAAGUUGAACCUUCCAUAAAAGAAAAUGAAAUAUAUGGUAUAGAUGGUGUGCCAGCCAGUGUGGCUGAGAAAUGGAUAAGGGCUAGCUGCAUGAAACUCAAGGCAGAGUUUAAUCUUCAUUCCUCCAUUAUCAGAAAUAUUGCCUGCACACCUCAAAGAGCACCGGAUGAAGCACAACCUUCUGAAGGAGAACCCAAGCCUUGAAGGAAGAGACAUUGAGAAAGAGAUGAAGUGUUUGAUUCUUUCUCAACCAUGCACCACAUCUCUUUGUAAUGGCUUUUUUCACAAGUUUGUGAACUUUGAUGAUAGAUCCAAACGCUGUGAUGCGCAGAGCUGGUAUUCAAGGGUCUUUUAUAAUUCAAAUUUCUUUGUUGAAGUUGUUUCUCUCUCUGAAUUUACAUUUUGGAAGCGGGGAUGUUUAGAAAAUGAUCCUUGCUUUCCUGGAAAAUGACCCUUUUCACCUGAAAAGCUUUCUUGAAAAAAAUAAGGUUUGUUUGGAUUAUGUACUUUUCUGAGUCUAUCUAAUGUUUGGUUUGAUUGUUGGUUCA